AUGACUCCUUCUCCAGCGAACACAACGGAAUCGGAAAUACCUUCAUGUCACGGGUGUCGCCGUCGAAAGCUCAAAUGCUCCAGAGAGCAGCCAUCCUGCGCCAAUUGCCAACGGUCAAAUGAGCCCUGUGUGUACGAUGCAAAGAAAAAUAAACCAGGCGUCAAAGUUGGAGCCGUUGAAGUGUAUAUUUGCUCAGGUAUUCCAGAGACGCUUGAGCAAGCUUUUCACGAUCAAGCAAUACAACAGAACGUCACAGCGAGCUUCGACUCAAGCAACGUUACCUCAAGUAUUGCUCAUCUCACAGGGGCUAUCACGUCGUUGGCCUCAGAGAUUCAGAGACUUUCUUCAAGGCCCUCCCCUCCACAUGCAUCAGCUCUCAACGGCGACGGGGAUGAUCCCGAUGAAGGGAUCCGCUCUCACAAGAGGAGACGGGUUCAGGGUCACAAAUCGGGAUCUCACACCCAAGAGACGCCAUCGCCAAACGAAACAAUCCAGUCCCUGCCACUAGGCCUCGUCGAAGAGCUCGUGCAACUUUACUUUGACAGAGUCUUUUACUGGAUUCCCGUCAUACACUACCCUCGUUUUAGGGAAGAGAUCAAACAGGUAUCUGGCCGGCAAAGGCUACGUGUGGUGCUUGAUGCAAUGUUAGUUGCAACAUUGCGGUUUGUUGACGGAAGAAGAUACGGUUUAUCGGAUGAUGAUAUCCAGCGCCUUGUCGAAGAAAGGCGCAAUUCGGUACUGAUAUCUGCCAUGAGGUCAUUGUCUAUCGAGAACCUACAGGCACUAGUUAUCCUGGCCUUUACGACUAUUGGAAACGGAGAGCCGUCCAAGACAUGGUCCAUUAUCGCUUCGAUGACUAGGACUGUUGAUUUCUUGCAGUUAACGACGGAAGGAGAACACGCCAAGACUCGGCACUUACUCCCUGCAAUGCCCUUGUCAACUCCGAUAGAUUGGGUUCAAGAAGAGGAAAGACGACGAGUAUUCUGGAACGUCUUCAACCUUGACAGUAAAGAUAUUGCUCCAUCACAACAGGGCAAGAUAUCUCAUACCUAA